ACAUAACUCUUGUGUAUGUAAGGUUAAUUUAAAGUUGUGCAAACUAUAUUAGCAAUAUAUAUGUACGAUGAAAGUAAUUAUUGCUGGAUAUCCAAAGACAGGAACAAAGUCCUUAACGUCGGCGUUGCGAACACUUGGAUAUACUGUCUAUGAUUAUUUGGAAAACUUUCAAUUUCUUUGCAAUGAUUGGGAAAAGGUUUUGACGGAAGGUGGAAAUAGUGAAGACUUUUAUAGAAUGUACAACGGGGUGGAUGCAACUUUGGAUUCUCCGGUUUUUGUCUUUUGGGAAGAACUGCAUCGAACUUUUCCUGACGCCAAGGUUAUACUUCCAAUCCGAGACGAAGAUAAAUGGAUAGUUAGUUUAAAAAAGCAGUGCAAGCAGAUUGAUGAUCACGUUUUGAUGAAAUUUUAUAAGUUCUUCACGCCAACUGGAAGAAAGUACCAAGCAUUCACACAAACGUGGGUAACCGCAGCAUUGGGUACGCCAUUGAAAACUGCGUUUCAUAAAACACCGGUGAACGAACUUUUAUACAGAACACGAUACCGUCAGCACAACAAAUAUGUAACAGAGGUGGUCGAUGCCGACAAACUGCUGGUGUAUCAAGUCAAGGACGGUUGGGAACCACUGUGUCAAUUCUUGCAGAAAGACGUUCCGGAAAUUGCAUUUCCCCAUGCAAACGUUGGUGGGACGUUUUUCCGAGAUAAUAUGGAAACACAUCCCGUACUAUUGCGCAUGAAAAAUGAAAUGAUAACGAUGCUCUCACUCAUAGCUGUCAUUAUAUUAUUUGUUAUAUUUCUGUUCUGAAGGUUAAACGAAUUGUUUCUUGGCAGCAAAGGAGUAAAAUCGAAACACCCCUAUUUUAAGCGCGUUGCCUUCAAAAGUGGUGUUAUUGCUUUGCUUAUUUUAUAAAUAAAACACCGUUUUAAAAAAAAA